CUUUAGAAUUGGAAAAUGGCUAUGCAAUUGCGAAUCGGCGGCGGCUUCCUCUCGCAAUGGUCACCGCAGAUAGUGUCCGAUUCCAACGAUCACCGUAGCAAUAUGAAUUGCCGGUUGCUAAUUGCGGCUGAGACCCGGCGGAGAUCGCGAUUCCUCGGCCUUUUCCAUUGCAGCAGCAGAAGCAGCAAUAAUGGAAGCAGCGAUGCUAAAAAGGGAUUCCCAAAUUCGAACUACGUCGUGCCUCUCAACAAGUCAUUUUCCCCUUCCAACUCUUCGUACAUCACUCGUCCACUCGUCGAAAUCCUACGCGACCUCAACAAGCGUAUCCCUGAUAACGUCGUCAAGCCGCCUUCGAAUUCUUCUUCUUACACCUUCAUCCCCUGGUACCAUGCCAAUCGCAUGUUGAGCUUCUACGCCCCUGGAUGGUGUGGAGAAGUGCGUGAUGUUAUAUUUGCUGAGAAUGGAACUAUCACUGUUGUAUAUCGACUCACCAUUCGAGGAUCUGAUGGAGAGGCACAUCGAGAGUCAACAGGCACGGUGUCAAGCAGUGACAUCGGCAUAGGAGAAGAUCCGGUGAGUGCAGCAGAAGAAAUAGCAUUCUGCAGGGCCUGUGCUAGAUUUGGUCUUGGCCUGUAUCUUUAUCAUGAACAACAAUAGACACAUCCACAAACAUAUGCUGUAGAGUGUAGAUGCUAUUCUCUUACUCUUACUGUUGAAGUACGUUUUCAUUACCCAGAUUGCGCGACUAUUAAUUAAA